AGCCGGCUGCAGCCGCCAAGAUGUCGCAGACUAAGAAGAGAAAGCUUGAGUCGGGGGGCGGCGGCGAAGGAGGGGAGGGAACUGAAGAGGAAGAUGGCGGGGAGCAGGAGGUGGCCGUGCCACGACCCCGGAGGACUAAGCGCGAGCGGGACCAGCUGUACUACGAGUGCUACUCGGACGUGUCGGUCCACGAGGAGAUGAUCGCCGACCGCGUCCGCACCGAUGCCUACCGCCUGGGUAUCCUGCGGAACUGGGCAGCUCUGCGAGGCAAGACCGUGUUGGACGUGGGUGCAGGCACCGGCAUUUUGAGCAUCUUCUGUGCCCAGGCCGGGGCCCGGCGCGUGUACGCGGUGGAGGCCAGCGCCAUUUGGCAACAGGCCCGGGAGGUAGUGCGGCUCAACGGGCUGGAGGACCGAGUGCACGUCCUGCCGGGUCCGGUGGAGACGGUGGAGUUGCCAGAGCAGGUGGAUGCCAUCGUGAGCGAGUGGAUGGGCUAUGGACUUCUGCACGAGUCCAUGCUGAGCUCUGUGCUGCACGCGCGGACCAAGUGGCUGAAGGAGGGCGGUAUUCUCCUACCGGCUUCCGCUGAGCUCUUCGUAGCCCCCAUCAGCGACCAGAUGCUGGAGUGGCGCCUAGGCUUUUGGAGCCAAGUGAAGCAGCACUAUGGCGUGGACAUGAGUUGCCUAGAGAGUUUCGCCACACGAUGCCUCAUGAGCCACUCGGAGAUCGUGGUGCAGGGUCUGUCCGGCGAGGACGUGCUGGCCCGGCCACAGCGCUUUGCUCAGCUGGAGCUGGCCCGCGCCGGCCUGGAGCAGGAGCUGGAGGCCGGGGUGGGCGGGCGCUUCCGCUGCAGUUGUUAUGGCUCAGCGCCCAUGCAUGGUUUUGCCAUCUGGUUCCAGGUGACCUUCCCUGGAGGAGAUUCGGAGAAACCCCUGGUGCUGUCCACCUCGCCUUUUCACCCAGCCACACACUGGAAGCAGGCACUCCUCUACCUAAACGAGCCGGUACAAGUGGAGCAAGACACGGACGUUUCAGGAGAGAUCACGCUGCUGCCCUCCCGGGACAACCCUCGUCGCCUGCGCGUUCUGCUGCGCUACAAAGUGGGGGACCAGGAGGAAAAGACCAAAGACUUUGCCAUGGAAGACUGAGCGUUGCCUUUUCUCCCAGCCCCACCUCCUAAGGCAGCCUGGCCUGUUUGGGAGAGGCAUAGGGAGGUCGGAGGAGAAAGGGAGAUCCCAUGUGCAAGUAGGGGACUAUCUCUCUUUUCCCUCAUGGUUCUUGGGGAGGGAGAGUGACUUCAGUUUGAGGAGAUUCUUCUGGCAAUUUAUAAAGCGAUGUCCCCAACCAUGGAUACAGCGUGCUUAAUGAUAGGCUUUUAAGCCUUAAAAGCAUAUGGAAACAAGCACUUGUAAUUCCAUUUCUUUUGUUUCACGGGGGAAAAAAAAGACGGAUAAAAUGUCAGUUUAUGAUGGGUCCAUGCACAAACCAAACACCUCACACUUAGAUAAAGUCUGCAGCUGGGAAGAGGGUAUAGGAGUUCAGUUCCACUCCAGAAAUUUCCACUAUGACUUAACCUCUCCAGAGUCUUAUUUUCUUUGUCUGAAUUCCCCCCCAUUCCUAGGUGUUUGUAGGCUAUGGUACUUGUUCCUCAUUGUUUUCUAAAUAAACCUCACUACUGGUCAUUAAAGGGUGGAGAAGAGGAAGUAGUUUAAAUAGCCAGUUCUUACUACUUCUAUUGGGUGCUAAAGUUUAUGAAUACAUGGAAAUGGACUUUAUAUAAAUUAUAUAGCAUACCUAAGACAUUCAAAAAUACAACAUUUAGAGAAAAAAAAGUCUGAAAAACUGCGAAGUAGCAUGGAUUUUAAAAUUCUUAUUACUCUUAAAACUGUACCAAGAAAAUGUCUCAUUAUGUUCCAUAAUAUUGGGGUAAUUAUGAAACAGGCUGAUAGAGAAGGUUUCUGGACCUAAACCCAGGCCUUAUUCAUUACCAUGGGUACAUUAUUUAAGCUCACUAAAAUAAGGAAAAUACAUUCCCAGCUAGAGAAAAGUGUAGUCAAUUUAAACAUGUGGAGGGAUCAAAUGACUUGGCCUAUUUACAUCUAGUGAAAGUUCCUUUCUUUUCUUUUUUAACCUUUUUUUUUUUUUUUAGAUCACCUAAAUGUGAAAGUUGUGAAUUUGGGAAAAUGGCUUGUAAUGAAGUGUGAGUCAUGUCAAAUUCAUUCCACUGAUGUUUCCCUCUUUAUCUCUAUGGCAAAUAAAACAUUUGCAUUCCUAUUAUUUUUACAGAUUAA